AUGACGCGCUCGGGGCUGGACAGAAGCCAAGCCCAGGAGAACAGAGACCUGGAGAGGGCCAUGGCGGAAAGUACUCGCAAGACGCCGUCCAAAAAGACCAACAGGAAGGGGAAGAACAAGACUAGUGUUGACGAGCAAGAAGCGGAACAAGAGGAGGCUGAGGACGAGGCUGAGGAUGAGGCCGAACAGCCAACCCCGGAUCAGCCUGACCAGGCUACAGAUACGCAGAGCAAAAGAGCUCGCAGCUUCUCUACCGCCACGCCGGCCAUUUCUUCAAAGCGGCCGCGAACGAAUCAUCAACCACCAGAGGAUCCAGAGGCUUCGUGCUCCCCAGGGAACGAAGAGAACGGAGAAAACGAAGAAAACGGAGAAAACGGAGAAAACGGAGAAAACGGAGAAAACGCGAACCCGACCAAUCCGAUCGACACAACGGCCGAAACAAACACGCCCAGAGGCCGUGCCAUCCUCUGCGAGGAAAAGGAUGCCAUGGGACAACCUCCGGAUGUUGCGUUUCGGGUGGUUCCAUGCUGGCCAUGUUUGCGGCGGGCAUUCACCAACCCGGGACACCUUUGCCAAUGGAAGCAGAGUGAGACAACAGAUCCCCGUCAAGACAAAAACCACCAAUGUCGUUCAAGCGAGCUCCGUGCGGUCGACCAUAACAAUGCUGUCAAGUUUCAGGAACUGAAUAAGCAAAAGCACAACGGGGAGAUUGAAGACCCCAAGACUUGGCAGGAGAAGUGGGACGACCUAAAGAACAAGCUUUGUGCCGCUGAUGAGAAGAAGGCGCCGGCCCCCUCGGCUAAAGAUCGACUGAAGAAUCUGGAGGAGACAGUCGAAGAGCUGAAACAGCAGGUGCGGAGUCUUGGAAAGGUAGUUGACAUUUUGAACGAGAAGUUGGCGGAGCAAGGUAACUAG